UUGUCCUCUUUUAAGAUUGGUUUGACAUGUGAAUAACUUAACGCAGCAAAUUAAGACUUUUUGCAAUACACUUGUUAGUUUUUCAAUUCCUUCUCCAUCUUAAAUUAACCCAUAUAAUUAAAACGACACCAACGGCAUCGGCUUAAACUCUCUCAUCAGGAGACGCCAUGAUUGCAAAAAGCUUGAAAGGCAGAUCAGCAGCCAUGGAUCCUGGAAUCUGGAGCAAGCUACCGCCGGAACUUCUCGAGCUCAUACUCUCCUUUUUGCCUCUCAAAACCUUGUUGAAUUUGAGGUCAACUUGUAAGCAUUUCAAGUCUCUCGUAUUCUCUCCAUCUUUCAUUUCCAAGUAUUCUUCUGCUUCUCUUUUCUCUUCAUUCUUUUUGCUUUCUCAUCCCCAGUGCUACAGUAAUUUCCCUCUCUACGAUACUACCCGUGGGGCUUGGCGCAAAUUAGCACUUCCCUUGUCUUUUUUACCGCCUUCCGCCGCUCAGUUUAACCUUCUUUCAUCGUGUAAUGGACUUUUCUGUUUCUCUCUCCCCAAUUCCUCUUCUUUCCUUGUUUGCAACCUGUUGGCCAAAUCUUCCAGGCCCAUCCAAUUCCCUUUCUUCCCUUUUGCUUUCGAGAUGCUUACUUUGGUUUCUACGCCACACGGAUAUAAAAUCUUCCUGCUUUGCUCCAAGUUCUCUUCCAAUUAUGCUUUUGUGUACGACUCCAAGGUUCAUUCAUGGAGACAAUUCGAUGGUUUUCAACCGCUCUUGGCCGACAAUUUCCAUCAGGAAGGUGCAUCCUUCAAUGGGUCUUUGUAUUUUGCUACCCCUGAACCGUUCUCCGUAGUGUGCUUCGACUUGGAAAACGGGAAAUGGGAGAAUCUCGACACUGAAAUGCCAAGGGAGCUUACUUUUGUGAGGCUGGUGAGUAACACCGAUGAAGGGAAACUGUAUAUGGUGGGGGGGAUUGGUAGGAAUGGGAUUUCAAGGAGUAUGAAAUUGUGGGAAAUGGGUGAUGGAGGGAACUGGGUGGAAGUGGAAAGAUUGCCAGAACUGAUGUGCAGGAAAUUUAUGUCUGUGUGCUACCACAACUAUGAGCAUCUGUAUUGCUUUUGGCAUCAGGAUAUGAUCUGUGUUUGCUGCCACACAUGGCCAGAGAUCUUGUAUUGCAAGGUUUCGAGGAGAACGUGGCACUGGAUACCCAAGUGUCCUUCAAUCCCAGACAAGUGGAGCUGUGGUUUCAGGUGGUUCUCUUUUGUACCCGACUUAUAUACAUUGGCUUGAGUUGCUUGUUAUCAUGUCUGAAACUAUGCUAUCCAGUUUCGGGUGAAGGUUCAGAUUUUCCAACUUCAUUGUAUUCAUAGAUACGAGUCCAAAUAAAGUACAUGUAGCUAAUAAUUUUCUUGUUUACAUUGGAAUCGAGUCUGUUUUCACACAUUCUAAUAAUUUGUUUGAAUUGAUAUUUGUUUUUGCUUUU